AUGGCAACAGAAGUACCAGGUGCCACCGAAUGGACGUUUACUGAUCCCGCUCUGGAAAAACUAUAUAGAUCUCAUAGUUCUAACCAGAAGAGGACUGGACAACAUUUAGUAGCUUAUAUAGUCAGUGGAGUUUGUUUAGGAUUAGCUGUAAUAGCCUUGGUCUGGUGCAGAAUUGGAUUUACAUCUGCCAGAUGUCAUCCGAUUUGGCAACUGGCCCCACAUUUUGCUUGGCAUUUGUUCAAUGCUCAACUUUUGCUUCAUCUAUUUGUAAGAAGUUACUUGGGGUCAGAUGAUGUAACGGCCAGGGAUUCCUUGGGAUGGGCCCUUUUGCUUGUGUAUUUGGUCUAUGUAACCUUACCCUUAAGGUUAAGGUAUUGUGUAAUGCUGAGUUUAGGAACUUGUGCAUCAUAUAUUGUCGCCUUGGUUGGGCUUAGCAAAAGUGACAGAAAUUUCAUAGAACAGCAUUUGGCAAAUUGUAUAUUGCUGCUGGCAGCAAACGUGUUCGGCCUAAUGUCCUACUUUUUAGAAGACGCUCAGCAAAGAAGAGCAUUUUUGGAAACCAGACAAAGUCUGCAGGUUAAAUUGGUCAUUGAGGAACAAAGUGCAGAACAGGAACGACUGCUCUUAUCAGUUCUACCAGAGCACGUUGCAGUCAAAAUGAGGCAAGAUCUUGGUUCUACAGACAGCCAAUUUAAAAAAAUCUACAUGAGUAGACACGAGAAUGUCAGUAUUUUGUAUGCAGACAUCGUAGGCUUCACAGCAAUCUCCUCCACCUAUUCAGCCCAAGAUCUGGUGAAGAUUUUGAACGAACUGUUUGCAAGAUUCGACAGACUGGCAGAGAAAUAUCAACAAUUACGAAUCAAAAUCCUGGGCGACUGUUACUAUUGCAUAAGUGGAGCUCCUGUAGAAAGACCUGAUCAUGCUGUUUUGUGUGUACAUAUGGGGCUAUCUAUGGUCAAAGCCAUCAAGUACGUCCAACAAACAACAAAUUCGCCUGUGGAUAUGCGUGUAGGAAUUCAUACUGGUGCAGUUUUGGCAGGAGUUCUUGGUCAACGUCAAUGGCAAUUUGAUGUUUAUUCCAAAGAUGUAGAGUUGGCUAAUAAGAUGGAAAGUUCAGGAAUGGCUGGGCGUGUCCAUAUUUCACACCAAACUCUGAGUUUUUUGGAUGGUGAAUUUGAAGUUGAACCAGCCCAUGGUGAAAAACGAGAAGAAGCCUUAAGAAUGGCUGGUAUCAAAACAUACUUCAUCGUCAAAGUGUUAAAACCGUAUUCGACACCAGUACCAGAAGUAAGAAAUGGCGCAGCUCCUGCAGAAACUGAAGAAACAAUUCUGGCAGAAGGUUUAUUUGACACCAAGGACGAAUCUAAGUGCAACAGUCCAGUUGCUGAAGAGAGUCAAGCCAGGGAAGACUCUGACGACUUCAAGAACAGAUUGAGAACCGAGCUAAUCAGCAGGGAUGGACACAGGGAACUGCAAAAACGUACAUCUCGUCUGACCCUUCGUUUUCGUUCGGCUUCAACCGAACGCCAAUACGGUAGGCACAGAGAGCCCUUAUCAGCAAUUCCUUUGCUAUCACUGCCUUUGGCUGCAGUGGCGGCGUUGGUUUCGCAGUGGAUUGCAGUGCCACUUCAGGGGGCCGAGGAGGAAAAUUUGGAUGGUGCUAUGAAGCUGGAAACUGCUGUUUCUGUAGCUGUCACUGUGGUUUUGGGGGUCGUAACUUUGGGGGCUGCUGCUGAAACCGCCCCAAAGAUAUUUCCUCGGUGUUUAGUUUUGUGCAGUCGUGCUCUAAACGACUCCAUGUACGUCAGAAGAGUUAUAGCUAUUCUAGGAAUCGUAAUGUUAGCUGUAGCUAACACAAUAAACAUGUCGACUUGCGAUCCAGACAACCCCAAAAGACAAUUCUCCUUAAAUUGUACAUCUCGUCAACUACAAUUAAUAAAUAGGGAUUUUCUGCCAACUGCAAGUCCUUUGACAACCUUGACAGGGUCGUGUAAUCAUCCCAGCUAUUUCAGCUGUUCAGCAGCUUUGUGUUUGAUUACUGCAGCGAUUUUGCCACAACUUUCCCAUUUGACCAAGGCGAUUUUGAUGACUCUGGUGACUGGGAUACAUUGUGCCCUGAAUUUGCUGGUAUUAUAUAAUCGGUUGGAUUGUGAGGAUUUGAACAGCAAUCGGGAUUGGACGACCUUUACACCUGGAAAACUAACUUUGUCUUAUAUGCUGAUUGCUGUAACAAUUGCCUUGUCGUAUCUUGCUCGUCAUAUGGAAAGAGUAUCAAGAGUCUCCUUUCUAUGGAAGACUUCAGUAACCGAGCAAAGAGAAAAGGCCUCAGAUAUGAGACAGAGAAAUGAAGCCUUGGUCUACAACGUGUUACCGCCACAUGUUGCAGCCCAUUUUAUGGGACAGAGAAAAAGACAACAUGACGAAUUGUACUCGCAAAGUUAUGCAGAAGUUGGGGUGCUUUUUGCUAGUAUGCCGAAUUUUUCAGAUUUUUACUCAGAAGAAACUGUCAACAAUCAAGGAUUGGAGUGUCUUAGAUUCCUCAACGAAGUCAUUUCGGAUUUUGAUGCACUUUUGGAACUGCCUCAAUUCAAAGACAUCAUAAAAAUUAAGACAAUCGGAUCAACUUAUAUGGCAGCAAGUGGAUUGAAGCCUACAGAUAUUAGUCCAAAUGCACCAAUAACAACCAGAUGGUCCCAUCUGGCCCUUCUGGUAGAUUUUGCUCUGGAGUUGAAACGAGCUUUACAAUGUAUAAACGAGCAAUCAUUUAACCAUUUUGUUCUAAAAAUGGGCGUAAAUCAUGGCCCAAUAACUGCUGGUGUAAUUGGGGCCAGAAAACCACAUUACGACAUCUGGGGAAACACUGUAAAUGUCGCCUCCAGAAUGGAGAGCACUGGGAAAGCUGGAGCUAUACAGGUGACAGAAGAAACCUGCGACAUCCUCCAACACUUUGGCUACACCUUCGAACAAAGAGGUUUAGUGGCUGUCAAGGGCAAAGGGCAACUUAUGACCUAUUAUUUGCAGGGCAAAACCACAAAACCACCAGCAUCGCCACUUAUAGGCCUGACAACUAUGGAAACAUUGCAGGAAGAAGACGAGUUAGUCCAAGGAGAUUCCGACGCAAGUCCAGUAGGCGGUUUUAAUGCAACAAGUCCUGGAAGUGUUCGACUUUGUCCUUCAAACAGCACUUCAAAAGACAUAUCAAUAGUACAAUCUAAAUCUAAAUCGAAUUUAGAAACUGAGAAUUUGAAUACUAAUCUAGAAAGUAAUAAAAUUUGCGAAAAUUUCGAUCUCAAAUCGGACGACCCUAGUGUUGCCCUUAUGGGCGCUUCUAACGGCUCGGGGGAUGCUGAAAGCGAUGCACUUUUACCUAAAGAUAAUUGA